ACACCCCUUCCUGAGGAAGCGAAUGGUCCCUUCCAGGCGGGUGGCCAUGUUGCUGUAAUAAAGCGGGAGGGGCGGCGGCGUGGGGGGAGCAGAUGCCGCUGACUGCGAGCGGGACGCCGGCGAGCAGAGCGCAGCCGCAAGGGAGGCGCGAGGGAGGCGAGCCGGAGCCGGACGAGCAUUAGCAGCAGCCCGAGUCGGCGGAGAGCACCCGGGCGCAGCCGGAGCCGGUGCCGCAGCUGCGAUGGCCGUGGCCGUGGGGAGACCGUCUAAUGAAGAGCUUCGAAACUUGUCUUUGUCUGGCCAUGUGGGAUUUGACAGCCUCCCUGACCAGCUGGUCAACAAGUCUACUUCUCAAGGAUUCUGUUUCAACAUCCUUUGUGUUGGUGAGACAGGCAUUGGCAAAUCCACGUUAAUGGACACUUUGUUCAACACCAAAUUUGAAAGUGACCCAGCUACUCACAAUGAACCAGGUGUUCGGUUAAAAGCCAGAAGUUAUGAGCUUCAGGAAAGCAAUGUACGGCUGAAGUUAACCAUUGUUGACACCGUGGGAUUUGGAGACCAGAUAAAUAAAGAUGACAGCUAUAAACCGAUAGUAGAAUAUAUUGAUGCCCAGUUCGAGGCCUACCUGCAAGAGGAAUUGAAGAUUAAACGUUCUCUCUUCAACUACCAUGACACGAGGAUCCAUGCCUGCCUCUACUUUAUUGCCCCUACUGGACAUUCACUAAAGUCCCUGGAUCUGGUCACCAUGAAAAAGCUGGACAGUAAGGUGAAUAUCAUUCCAAUAAUUGCAAAAGCUGACACCAUUGCCAAGAAUGAACUGCACAAAUUCAAGAGUAAGAUCAUGAGUGAACUAGUCAGCAAUGGGGUCCAGAUAUAUCAGUUUCCCACUGAUGAAGAAACGGUGGCAGAGAUUAACGCAACAAUGAGUGUCCAUCUCCCAUUUGCAGUGGUUGGCAGCACUGAAGAGGUGAAGAUUGGCAACAAGAUGGCAAAGGCCAGGCAGUACCCCUGGGGUGUGGUGCAGGUUGAGAAUGAAAAUCAUUGCGAUUUUGUGAAACUUCGAGAGAUGCUGAUCCGGGUGAACAUGGAGGACUUGCGAGAGCAGACUCACACCCGCCACUAUGAAUUGUACCGACGCUGUAAGCUUGAAGAGAUGGGGUUCAAGGACACUGACCCUGACAGCAAACCCUUCAGUCUUCAGGAGACAUAUGAAGCAAAAAGGAAUGAAUUCCUGGGAGAACUGCAGAAGAAAGAAGAAGAAAUGAGACAAAUGUUUGUUAUGAGAGUGAAGGAGAAAGAAGCUGAACUUAAAGAGGCAGAGAAAGAGCUUCACGAGAAGUUUGACCUUCUAAAGCGGACACACCAAGAAGAAAAGAAGAAAGUAGAAGACAAGAAGAAGGAGCUUGAGGAGGAGGUGAACAACUUCCAGAAGAAGAAAGCAGCGGCUCAGUUACUACAGUCCCAGGCCCAGCAAUCUGGGGCCCAGCAAACCAAGAAAGACAAGGAUAAGAAAAAUGCAAGCUUCACAUAAAGCCUGGCAAGCCAAGGAUGUUCCCGCAUUCACCUGCUUUUGCAGUAAUAUCGUAUCUCUGCCAUGUGUGUUCUUUAGUUUUAUUUUAUUUUAUUUUUUUACCCUUCCUCAAACACCAGUAACUAUUAUUAACUCGUUUUGCUGAAUGUUGUUGGGUGGUAGAAAAUGAUAGAACAAGGGAAUAACCGCAAAUGCUCUGUGCAGCUGGACUCUGUUUCCGGAAAGUAAAUGAUUUGCUUUUUAUGCCUGUUCUGAAUGGCAGCACGAAGCAGGCCUGUUACUUGUAUGUCGCUUUGGACAGAGGAAAGUGGGGUAAAAUGCUACCUGUACGUCUGACAUGAAAACUUCUCACCACCUCAGCAGCUGAACUAAAAACCUGAAUAGCCAUGACAAGAGUUUGCAUUUUCUUGAUGAUUCAUCUCCAUGAGUGCACAAUCCCUGAACUCACUGUCUUUUCUCCACACUUGUCCCAAGCCAAGGUAGAUUUGUACGUAGACAGACUGGUGAGCAAGCAUUAUAUUUUAUUUUUACACUUGCAUGAUAUUUUCAUUUUAAUCAAUAACAUUAUUUGGCCUGAGCUUGUGGGUCUGUUCAGACUGUCUCCUCUCAUGGUUUGAAACUGCAUCUGAAUGCCUGCCUUCAAUCCUGGCCAAGUUGGAAUAGACUGGUAUGAGAAAACUAUGAUUAUGUUCACAUUUACUGGUGCAUCCUUGAUCCUCUCACAGAUAGAGGUCUUAAAGGUUGGAUCAUAUAACAUUGCUUAGUAGAAGAAUCUUCUACUAAGGAUGGUGGGCUUUCUACAGCCUGCUUACCACUAACAGUAAGGAAUCUUUCAUAAACACACCUCAGUUUGUUCCCAGUGGGCUUAGAGGGAGGACCUGAUGACUGAUUCCAGGAUACUUUACUUCUAAUAAAAUUUUUCACGAAUCAUGAGAAAAUUUCCACAGAUACUUCCCUUAGAAAAUUUGCUAUAAACUCUAUAUCAUUGGUAGCACAGAUUUGAGGGAGGCCUUGUCAGUUUUAAGGUGGAAAUAGGAAGGACCACAACAUGACCCGUAAGUCCAGAAGGUAGACAUUUCAUAUCCAGCUUCCUUGCUUAGUCUCCUUUCAGUAUUUGGCAAUAAAAGAAAGAAGAAAGAGAA